UUAGUUAGUAGGUACCAUUACCAUGCAAUGGUAGGUUGCAUAGUUGCUCGCAGAGGCAAUUAGCUGGGAGGCAUUAGCGCGUUGUAGCCGGAUUGUAGCGCGUUGUGGUAGUUAGCUGGGUUGUCUCAGUUCGUGGCGAGCGGUGGAGAAGCUUGCCUUAGUAAUAGUUAGUUAUAUACUGUUAGUUAGCUACAUUACAUUAGUUAAAGGUGCGCAGUAGUUAGCAGGGUGUAGUGUUAGUUAGCUGGGUUGUGAUAGCUAUCAGGGUGAAGUGGUAGUUAGCUGGGCUGCAGCAGUUAGUGGUAGUUAGGCAGGUUGCUGCACUGGUUGAGCAGCCGCCCGAGGGCGCCUCGCCCCGUGCUGCCUCCGCGCUCCGGAGUUCAGUCGGGAGACGGGCGGUGGAGCGGGAGCCGGAGCCGGAGCGCGGCAUGGACCCGAGCAACUAACGCGAUCCCACAGUGUUGAGAGGAGCAGCGGACAGCGCCUGGCCAUGGGUGAGCAGCCAAUCUUCACCAGCAAAGCUCACGUCUUCCAGAUUGACCCCACCACCAAGAGGAACUGGCUGCCUGCUAGCAAGCACCCGCUCACCGUCUCGUAUUUCUACGAUGGGUCAAGGAACAGUUAUCGCAUCAUCAGUGUGGAUGGAACCAAGGUGAUCAUUAACAGCACCGUCACCCCAAAUAUGACCUUCACCAAAACAUCACAGAAGUUCGGCCAGUGGGCAGACAGCAGGGCAAACACCGUGUUUGGCCUCGGCUUCCCUUCAGAGCAGCAGCUGAGCAAGUUCGCUGAGAAGUUUCAGGAAGUGAAAGAAGCAGCAAAACUGGCACGGGAGCGGUCGCAGGAGAAGGCAGAGAGUUGCAGCACCCACUCCCACGAGUCCAGCCAGGAGGCCCCGACCUCACCACAAGCAUCAAGUGUGAAUGGAACCGAGGAUGAGAAAGGGAGACGCUCACCCCCCAUUGAAUCCCUGCUGAAAAGCAACAAUCACCGGAUCAACCCAGUGAAGAAGUGGGAGCAGGAGCUGCGGACUCUGGGUGAGAGCAAUGCCCGUCUGACGGCGGCGCUGCAGGAGUCGGCGGGCACGGCCGAGCACUGGCGGAACCGGCUGCAGGUCUGCAAGGAGGAGGGCGACCGGCUGCGGGAGAGGAUCGUGGAGCUGGAAGCGCAGAGCCUCGACAUCAGCAAGGAGAGGGAGCAGAACUCUCGGCUCAGUCAGACCGUGCGGCUGCUGGAGGCUGAGAUCUCCGAGAAGGAGCAGGAACUGGAGAGGCUGAGAGAGGAGGUUCGAGUUAUUCCAGGGCUGUUGGAGCAGUGUGAGGGGUUACAGCAACAGCUGCAGAGUGCAGAGAACUCAAACGCAGAGCUGGAGAGCAGGUCGAAGACCCUGAAGUGUAAUGUGGAGGAAAGCCGUCAGAAGUACGGGAACCUGGUGAAGGAGCUGACCACCUUCCUCGGAAUCCUCGAUGGGAAAAUUGACGAGCUCCAUGGAUUUCGACAGGGCCUUGCUAAAUUGGGGAUGGACAAUUGACAAGGGGAAACUGACAGGUUGGGAGGACCUGCAUUCAGAUUCAGUAGGGGAAGGGUCAACAGCUCGACCAAGCUUUCCACAUCUGGCUGCUGCUUUCCCUUGACCCAGGGGUCAGCUUCCUGUGAGGGUCAGGGGUCAGCCAGUCACAGGGUGGUGCUGCUAAGGCCAAUGUUAUUGCCCAUCCCCUGACUGGGUCAGGUUGCCAAUUCCACCCUGACGGGACAUUAGAUGGUCUGGGAGUUUUGUGUCAUUGUUACUAAGAGCAGCUGUUUUAUAAAUUCCAGAUUAUUAAAUGACAUCUGUGUGGUGAGAUUUGAACUCUG